AUGGAUAGACCAGCAAAAGUGAGAGACAAAGAAAAGCAGGUCGUUUCAAAGUUUUGUGAUGUUCUACUCAAUGUAGCUUCAUCUCAAUUUACUCUCAAAGAUUGGAAAGAAGUUGAGACAUACGUACAGGUUAUGGAAGAAAAGGAAGCAUCUUCAAAGAUGGAAAUGGAUAAAUUGAAAUAUAUGGAUCACCUGAAAAGGGGAGACACGAAACACAACGCUUUGGUGAGAGACGUAGAUGUCGAUCAAAAGGAGGAUGAAUACCGUGGGGCUCUUUCCAAAUAUAAAGAGAAUGACCUCGAGAAAGAUGAAUGCGAGGAAGAUCCUAUCAAAGAUGAAGAGAGUGGCCUAGUAAAAUAUGAAUUUCCGAGAGACCCUAUCAAAGAUGAGGAGAGUGGCCUAGAUGAUCCUAUCAAAGAUGAGGUGGGUGGUCUAGAAGAUCCUAUCAAAGAUGCGGAGGGUGGCAUAGAAGAUUCUAUGAAAGACGAGGAGGGUGGACUAGAUGAUCCUAUCAAAGAUAAGGAGGGUGGCCUAGAUGAUCCUAUGAAAGCUGAGGAGGGGAGCCUAGAAGAUCAUAUGAAAGAUGAGGAGGAUAGCCUUGAAGAUCCUAUCAAAGACGAGGAGGUUAGCCUAGAAGAUCCUAUGAAAGAUGACGAGGGUAGCAUAGAAGCUCAUAAAAAAGACGAGGAGGAAAGUCUAGCAGAUCCUAUCAAAGAUGACAAGGGUAGCGUAGAGGGUCGUAUUAAAAAUGAGAAGGAUAUCCUAGAAAAUCCUAUCAAAAAUGAGGAGGUUGAUCUAGAGGAUCCCACAAAAGAUGAAGAGGGUGGCAUAGAGAAAGAUAAAUGCCUUGAUGAUCAUAUCAAUGAUGAGGAUGGUUGCAUUGAGAUAGGUUAACACCUUGGAUCUCUAAUGAAAGAUACAGGAUCAGAUAUAACAAAAAGUAAAGAGAAGAAACCAGCAGAUAAUCCACUCAAGAAUGCUGUCAACUACAGGGACAGAAAACAGAUGGAGAAAAGAAGAAAGAGUAUGGAAGAGAAUA